AUGGCUUCUUCUUCUUCUAGUUCUUCCUGGACUUACGACUUGUUCUUGAGUUUUAGAGGCGAAGACACUCGUGACGGUUUUACUUCUGAGCUUUAUAGCGCUCUAGGGCGGUCAGGGAUCCAUGCUUUCAUGGCCUAUGAAAACGUUGAGAGGGGAGAAGAGAUCUCUGCCUCACUAUUGCAAGCAAUUGAACGAUCACGAAUUGCGUUGGUAAUUUUGUCUCCAGAUUAUGCAUCUUCCAGAUGGUGUCUGGAUGAACUGGUGAACAUAAUGGAGUGUCGAAGAUCUGCAGCUCAGGUGGUUAUUCCCAUAUUCUAUAACACAGAUCCGUCUCAUGUUCGUAAACAGAUAGGUACAUAUGGUGAAGCGAUGAAACGACACGAGCUAAGGUUGGGAGGGGGCGGUGAUCGCUGGGUGUUGCGGUGGAGGCAGGCACUCACGGAAAUCAGGAACCUUUCCGGGUUUGAUUCCAGACAAUUUCAUGCUGAAAGUGAGCUGGUUGAGAAAAUUGUUGAGCAAGUUUCAAGAGAAUUACCGUCUACUGCUGACCAUCCAAUGAGAAUACAAUCACUAGUUCAUAAACCAAAAGUUGAUAAAUGGUUGAAUUAUGACGUCUUCUUGAGUUUCAGAGGCGAGGACACUCGUCGCGGUUUCACUUCUCAUCUUUAUAAAGCUCUAAGGCAGUCAGGAAUCCAUGCUUUCAUGGACGAUACAAGGCUUGAAAGGGGAGAAGAGAUCUCCGUCUCCUUAUUGCAAGCAAUUGAAAGGUCCCGAAUUGCGCUGGUAAUUUUGUCUCCAGAUUAUGCAUCUUCUAGAUGGUGUCUGGAUGAACUGGUGAACAUAGUAGAGUGUCGAAGAUCUGCAGCUCAGGUGGUUAUUCCCAUAUUCUAUAACACAGAUCCGUCUCAUGUUCGUAAACAGACAGGUACAUAUGGUGAAGCGAUGAAACGACACGAGCUAAGGUUGGGAGGGGGCGGUGAUCGCCGGGUGUUGCGGUGGAGGCAGGCACUCACAGAAAUCAGCAACCUUUCCGGCUUUGCUUCAUCACUACAUCGGAAUGAAAGUGAUAUGAUUCAAACUAUUAUUGCGUCUGUUUCAAAAAGAGUAGACACUGGACAAUUGGUUGUAGCUGAGCAUCCAGUGGGAAUAGAGUCUCAAGUUGAUGAAUUGACAAUUGAAUGGUCAAAUAAAGAAAUCCAAAAACCUCUUAUCAUAGGCCUCUGGGGAAUGGGAGGCAUUGGCAAAACAACUGUUGCCAAAGCUAUCUACAAUACAAUUGGCCGUCAGUUUAGAAGAGCAAGAAGUUUUCUUCUAAAUAUGAGAGAAACUUCAAAGCAUGUUAAUGGCCAAGUCAAUUUGCAAAAGCAACUCAUUUUUGAUAUACUUAAAGAAAAAGUUUCCAAGAUACCUAACAUUGAUAGAGGCAAAAAAAUAAUUGAAGAAAGAUUUCCCAACAUAAAAUCAUUUAUUGUAUUGGAUGAUUUGGAUAGUGUCAAUCAACUGAGCACAUUUUGUGGUAGUCUUGAAUGGUUUUGUCCUGGAAGUAUAGUGGUCAUAACAACUAGAAAUAGCCAUUUACUUGAUGCCAUUAAUGCUGACCAUAAAUAUGAAAUAGAAAAAAUGAAUCGAAGGGAGUCUCUUAUGCUUUUUAGUUGGCAUGCCUUUAAGCAAGCAGAUCCCAAUGAAGACUUCAAAGAAUUGUCUAAAAUGGUAGUUGCAUAUUGUGAUGGACUUCCACUGGCUCUUGAAAUCCUUGGCUCCUAUUUGCGUGGGAGAACAAUAAAACAAUGGGAGGAUGUGUUGUCCAAAUUACAGAGGAUUCUUACUAAAAGUAUACACGAAAAGUUAAAAAUAAGCUAUGAUGGAUUGGAUGAUGAUACAGAGAAGGAUAUUUUCCUUGACAUAUGUUGCUUCUUUAUCAACAAGGACAGGAACUAUGUUACACAGAUAUUAGAUGGUUGUGAACUUCAUGCAGAAAAUGGAUUACAAAUCCUCAUAGAGCGGAGCCUGGUGAAAGUAGGUAGAAAUAAUAAGCUUGAAAUGCAUGAUUUAUUGCAAAAAAUGGGAAAGGAAAUCAUCUGUGGAAGCCCACCUAAAGAUCCUCAGAAACGUAGCAGACUAUGGUCUCAAGAAGAUGUGCUUGAUGGAACCAAAGCUGUUGAGGGUAUAUCUCUAAAGGUACCAAAAAAGCAUAGAGAUCCCAUCGAUUCUAAGGCAUUUAAGAAGAUGAAGAAACUCAGAUUACUCCAACUAGACUAUGUGAAUCUUAAAGGAGAUUAUAAACAUCUUUCCAAAAAGCUGAGGUGGGUUCGUUGGCAUGGAUUUCCAUCAAAAUACACUCCAAACAACUUUUACCAAGAAAAACUAGUUGCUAUUGACUUCAAAUAUAGCAAGCUCAAAGUAGUUUGGAAAGAGUCCAAGAAGUUGCCAAUGUUGAAGACACUCAAUCUCAGUCAUUCAACUUCCUUGAGACAAACUCCUGAUUACAUAUCUACCAAACCUUGA